AUGCGGCAGCGCACGAGUCCCAAGACACUGCAGCAGCAGCAGCAGCGAAAGGAAAAACGGGAGCGCCAGUCGCUUUGCGCCCCGAACGCACUUGCGGGCGACGGGUCGGGUCAAGAGUCGACCAUUUAUAUCGGUGGCUUCAUCACGACAAGUGGUGUGCUGCAGAUCGUCGUGGGCUUUGCAGUGAGCAGCGUCUUGUUCAGCGGCGCGCUGCUCUUUUGUGGCGCGCUACUGGUCGUGGUGGGCAUUGCGUUGCUGCACUGCAGCAAUGGGAAGGCGAAGCAGCAGAGAUUGAGCCUUGCGAGCGUCGUCCAUCGCCUCUUGGCGCUACGUCGGAGUGCGUUGGACUACUCGCUGACACUCUCGAUCGCGCCCAGGGACGAGCGUUGCCAGACGCAGAGCAAAGUGCCGAGGAUUGCGGCAGCAGCACCGCUGACUGUUGUGUCGCAGAAGGUGGAGACGGCAACGAUGGCGUCAAAGCCAGAGAACUUGCAGCUGGGGCAGAAGAACGAGACGACUGCUCUUGCAAGCAGUGCCUCGAUCGCGACGCGUGACGUCUUGCCACGGAUCAGGUUGGAUGGACUGGAAACGACCGAAGAGCUGUACACUUGGGAGAAACCCAGGGCCAAGUCGGAGCCAAAGCGGGUACGACGCGGUCGACCGCUGCUGCCGCUCAAGGCCCAGUUGACGCAGUUGCAGCCAGUGCAGGAGACUGAAAGAGCAGCACCGAAGCAAAAAGCAAAACAGGACAAUGUAACGUCCAGCGCAUUGACGACGUCCGUGAAGGCUGUGCACGUGCGGACCGGAAGCAAGAAGAUGCAGCCUGUAAAGCAAAAGGCUUCGCCAUGUGAGGCGGCUCCCCGAUCUGCCGCCGUCGAGUCAAAGAUCGGUCCACUUUUGGUGCCCCUCGACGCGAAAGCUGCGGCUGUACUGCCGAAGUCGAAGCCGAAGAAGGCUGUAUCUCCUGCAGUUCCUGUUCCUGUGAAGACUGCCACAUGUGCUGUGGCUUCACUGACGGACUUGCCAAAGCGCAAGUUUUCGGCUGAACCUGCUCAUAGCAAGCCAGCCGUCCAGCAAGUCGUCGUCACCCGCAAGGUGUUGCUGUAUGUGAAGCCACAAGCUGAACCAGUGCUGAAGAACAAGAAGCGAGCCGUGGAGCAGGGCACCAAAGGCGUGCAAGAGAUUGGGCCCGACCAAGAACUUGCAGAGACGGUUUUUUCGCCGGAGGAGGUCUCACCGUCGUCACAGCCAACGGUGCCGCACACGUCGGCGUUGCUGUCUACCACUGGUGUGAUGGAACCGAACUUUUUGCAGGACAUUGAGCUGGACCCGAUAUCAAAGCCAGAAAAGAAGUUGGCCUCGUUGAGCUCUCAGCGUUUCAAGUCCGAGGGGAAUGCUGAGUUGCGCUUGAUGUUGGACGAGCUCGAUGCGAUGCGUUUGGAGCUCGACUCUGCAAUGGCUCGUUGCACGUCGCUGCUCGAUGGCGGAAAAGAAGCUAAGGAACUGCAUUGA